AAAAAGAAUGCAGUGAAAGGCUCAUCUAGAGAACAACAGACACUGGCUCUUCUGGACCGGUUUAAAUCAAAGCUCACCCAGGCAAUUUCUGAAACACCCGAAGAAGAAAUGUCUGAUCCAGAAGAAGAUGAUGACAAGGGAUGGUAAGUGCUGAUUUCGUGUUAGCUAAUCAUUAUAACAAGAUACACAGACACAACAAGACCUUAGAAGGAACUAUGAAUUCUUGCAACCUAUAAUUUGUUAGGCCACAAUGUUGCCAGCUUAGAUUUGUUCUGCAACAG